AUGUCUACACCUUCUUUUUCUACCCUCCCUGAGGAGCUUCAGGUUCAGAUCCUGGGAUACAUGUACAAAUAUUCCCUCAUCGACCUUCGUCUCGUCAGUCAUACUUUCUGCCGCCUCAUCACACCAAUCAUCUUCCGCGCCAUUCGCGUCCGCGCUUAUAGAGAUGAGCCACAGCGCUUCACCAACAUCGCCAUGACGCCACAUCUGAGAUGUCACGUGCGAGAAGUCACUUGCGAUACAUGGACAGGAUCUUGUCCGAUAGAUAAACGCCAAGAGCUCAUGGACGAGUUCUUCAGUGCUAUUCCUUCCAUCUGCGUUUUUCCUAAACUCGACACUCUCAACAUACGUCUGGAGGACGAUGACUUUCAUCUCUACCACAGUACGCAAUUCCGACUUUUGCAGAUGCUGUUUGACUGCAUGGAGGGGGCCUGGAAGGUACAUGAAUAUGUUGGCAGGGAUAUCAUGUCUUCACCCAAGGUGUCUAGUCAGCAGGCUAAGACUGGGGUUUCACUUCCUCUUAAGACUCUGGCCAUCUCGAAUCUCGUUGAUGUCAGUGGUCUCAAAGCGCUGCUUAGUUUUCAGUCUCGCGUGAACUCGGGAUCUCUGAAGGACCUGCGCAUCAGCGUAGCUGAUCCGCCUGAUCUUAACGACUGUAAAGUCAUCCCUACAGCACAGGUUAUCCACGACGAACUUCUUGAUGCAGUGCUCAGCCCCGGCAUCGCCAGCAAUCUCCAGGUCCUGUCCCUGUUUCCUUCAGUCUCAUGGGGAUGGUUUCCCAACAUGGACUUCCGCCUGGUUGGUGCCAACGAUAUGCCUAAUCUCAAGGUUCUUGCCUUGGGAGGCUUCGAGUUCAGUGAGUGGUGGCAGGUUGAGUGGAUCGGAUCCCUUGGCAUCGAGAAGCUUUAUCUCGAUGAGUGCAAAGUUCUGCACUCGGAUCGCAAUCGGGCUAACUCCACUGCGGUUGCGGUUUGUCAAGAGGAGGCCCAGUGGGUAAAAAGCAAUGCCUGGCGCGAGGGUUCAACUUACCAUACACAUACCCGCUGGCACCACAUCUUUGAACACUGGGCUAAUACCAUGCCUAACCUCCGCGUCUUCAAAUUCGGACAAGGCUGGGGCUUAGACGACGGCAGUGCUUGGAAGGCGAUUGACCCUACCUACGAGGGGGACUUUUACGAACACGUCGAAGAAGACCACCGGGCUAUUUUCCAGCCUUUCCGACAUACCAAGCAUCAGCACUUUGAGUGUCCUUUGCCUCAUACCACGGGCACUGGUAUUCGACGGUACGGAUCUGAGGCUGUUCAGCAUUAUGGCGCUGUCUUCCAGUACGUGGAGCGUAUUGAGGGUUGGGGCCAUACUUAUGAUGAUGGUGCUGGGCUUGGGAAGGGGUUCAUGAAUGUUAGUUCGGUGGAGAAGGAGAAUGAUCGGAAUGCUUUUCAGAAGUUUUUGACCGUUGUCGAGACGAGACGAGACGGGCUACUUGGUAAGGAGUAG